UCACACCUCGCCGGCUCUCUUCCGUCCUGGACGUUCCCGGAGUCAGUUUGGGCUGCUUCUGCUCUUCUUUAAUUUCUUAUUUUCACUGUCUUUUUUAAUUUGUUUAUACACCCCCCUUAUCCAAUGGCUACAUUCCGAGUACUACGAUCAAUCUGUACGCCUACACACUACCAAGUGUGCCGGUUUCACCUAUCAGCUGCAAGACAGGAAGCGGUGGUGAUCUCCGGCAGGAAGUUGGCGCGCCAGAUCCGCGGGGAGGCCCGGCGGGACGUGGAGGAGUGGGUCUCUGCGGGCAACCGCCGCCCUCACCUGAGCGUGGUGUUGGUGGGGGAGAACCCGGCCAGCCACUCCUAUGUCCUCAACAAGACCCGCGCUGCCGCCGACGUGGGGAUCAGCAGUGAGACCAUCCUGAAACCCUCCACUAUCUUCGAGGAGGAGCUGCUGGAGUUGAUCCACAAACUCAACAAUGACAACAACGUGGACGGACUGCUGGUGCAGUUGCCCCUGCCUGAGCACAUUGAUGAGCGAAUUAUCUGCAAUGCUGUGGCUCCUGGGAAGGAUGUGGAUGGGUUUCACGUGGUGAAUGUGGGGAAGAUGUGCCUGGACCAGAACUCCAUGCUGCCUGCCACACCCUGGGGGGUCUGGGAGAUCAUUAAACGCACAGGGAUCCCGACCCUUGGGAAGAAUGUGGUUGUAGCUGGCCGCUCGAAGAACGUGGGGAUGCCCAUCGCUAUGCUGCUGCACACCGAUGGGCGUCACGAACGGCCAGGAGGUGACGCAACAGUGACAAUCUCUCACCGUUACACACCCAAGGAGCAGCUCAGACAGCACACUAAAAUCGCCGACAUCGUGGUGGCUGCAGCUGGAAUUCCCAAUCUGAUCACUGCUGAUAUGAUCAAGGAGGGAGCGGCUGUGAUCGACGUCGGGAUCAACCGGGUCCAGGAUCCAGUCACCGGCAAACCCAAACUGGUCGGGGAUGUUGACUUUGAAGGUGUUCGUCAGAAGGCCAGUUACAUCACCCCCGUGCCUGGUGGAGUGGGACCCAUGACAGUGGCCAUGCUAAUGAAGAACACCAUCAUUGCUGCCAAGAACCUGCUGGUUGAGCCAGAGCGCCUACACAUGGUGGCAUCCUAACCAACACCAUCCCUGUCACCGUGACUACACAUUCCACGCCAACGCCCACUACACAGCUGUCUACGUUCUCAACGCCCAGCCAAACAGAGGCCGACAGCAUUGCAAUACCUUAUUUAUUUCCGGGUCAUUUGAUGUUAUUUAUAUAUGUAUAUUUUUCUUUCCAUUUUCAGUGUUAGUGUUUUUCUUACAGUGCAUCCUUAAAUUUGUAUUUAUUUUUUUUUCCACGGAGUUGCUGUUCUGUUUGAACACUUUGUUCGUUUUUGCGUUAUCCUUUUUUUUUUUCUCUACAAGAAACACGAAGGAAAAUGGCAAAAUGGCAAGCUUUUGGCCCUUCUAGCCUUUGAUCAAGGAGUGACAAAAGAGACGGAAAUAAUAUUUCCUAAAUUUCAAGGUACUUUAUACUCUCUUGCAAGAAAACCAAGAGCAAGGUGAGGCGUCAGGGUGCCCUGUUACACCCGGUUUCCUCCCACUGGGAGCUGGUACGCUGUGUAGGAAUGGGCAGGCCAGCUGUUCGGGCACAGAGUUGACUCAGUGUUUUAGGAGGAAAGCCUGGCUGACAAAGUCAGUCUAAAGACAAAUUAUUGGACAGACUUCUUAGUUGUUAAAAGAAUUCUGUUCCUUCCAUAAGCGGUUAUAUAGAACACAUGGCGUGUGACCCAGCCAAUUAUGGAUCAGAUAGGUCAGUUCUGUGGCAUUGCUAAAAGAAAUUGCCCACUAUGAAAUGCUGGAACUGUUUAAGGUGAAAAUUGCCGAAUUUUACAACAGGAGUUUUCUGGGCUCCCUGCAGCAACCAGGGGGAUAAACGGGCAGUGCAGUUUGGCAACAAAUGUUGGUCUUCUUUCAGAACUAUAACAAACCCAAGAGCUGCUUAUACCAAAAACUUGGACAGAAGGGCAGAGUUGCUCUUAAAGACUUGGUUUGAGUAGCCAGUGCUGUAGCUUGGCUGCUUGCAGUGCUGAUGGGCUAUUUAUGUAUUCUUUUUCUUUUCUAAUGAGAGUGGCUUUUAGCUUGAUGCUGAGAUCCUAGUGCAGGAGAUCCAGUUGAGCUGUUGCAGAAGCAGCAAUCUUUUUGUUGACGGGACAAAAACGUAAGGGCUAUUUCUGAUCAAAAUCCCUGAGCAGCCAUGAAAACAAAUACAGGGAUGAAAUCAGUUCCUCCACCAGCGUUCACUUAAAGACCCACAGACCAGCAGAGAGUAAAACUGCUAGGUGAGGAACAUAGUGUUCUAUACUUUCUGUGCAGGUUUUACAGUGAGUCUAUUAUGAGUUGACAUUGCUCACAUAGCAUAGGUCAACCUGACUUUGGCAGAUCCCUUGUUAAAAGGAAUAAUGUGUGCAGUGACGAUUUACAUUAAACACUAUGCAAGUGGAUCAGUCCUGCAGUUACAUAUGAAACUCAAAAAGGCUUCUGAAUGUUUUUUUUUCAAGUACAUUUCAAGUAUACAUGUAUGUCUGGGAGAAAAAAUGAUUAGGGAACUGCUUUAAACAGCAGGCAGUAAAUGGCACUUAUCCAACCCUUGAACAGAGAAUAUUGCUUCGUUCUUUUGUUUGUCAAAAGCCCUGGAAUUCCACAGUGGAGAGGUUUUAAACUGUCUGGCUUCUAUCCCCUCCACAUACAGAUAAAACACCUCCACUAAAUGAGAAUAUCUUAUCCUUGACUAAUCGAUAGAUAUGUUUUUCUCCAAUCUUUUCUCCGAGUACAUCUUGCAAUGCUGAGAGUUGUUUCAAUCCUAGGCUAAAUAAUCCACACCCUGUGUGAUCUGCAUUGUAUAUGUUGAAGGAUGUUGGGAGACUCUUUGGCAAAAUUUUGUAAUGAGACAGAUGAAUAGAUCAGUUUGAGUUCUGAAAUUUGUUUAGUAAAGGAUAUAGCCAGUUGGGGUCAGAGAGUUGAUCCCUCCUGGUAAAAGAGUGUUUCUUAGAUGCGAUUCAUGUAAUGUAUCUAUUUUCAGACUCUUGGGGAGGUAUUUCAAAAUUGAGAUUACAAAGGGGUAUCUAGGCCAAUAACGCAUAUGCUGUUUCACCAAGCAUUUGUCCUACUUAGAAUACAUCUGAUGUGAUUGCCCUUGUUUAAGUAUUAUAAAGAUUUCCUGAUAUUUUUUGAGAGAUUUGCAUUUGAUACUUCUUGUACUUGAAAUAAAAAUAGAGGUUUAAAUACA